UCCCUUGCCCCCUCCCUUACCUCUCAGAGUGAGAAAGAGCACCUUUUAUUGUGUGUGGUGGGUAAAAACAGAGAGCCCCUGUUCGUUAAGUCGCUAAUUGAGGGCCAAGCAUUUCUCGCCCGGUUUUCGUCCAUGCUGGCUGAAUCAGACGACAGCAUGAAACUGAGUGAGAAGAGAAAAUGGUGGAGCAUUCGUCGCAAACUCAAUCGUCAGAUGAAGGAUUUUGUGAGCGAGCUGGAGACCGAAUGGUUGGGGAACCACGCUGAGAUUUUCGGUCCCCCACCCCCCACCCCUGGGGGGACCACUGGGUACCACUUGCUGUGUGUCGGUCGUUUGGUCCAACACCUACCGUGGGAGGCCAUGCCGGUCUUGCAGGACCAGUCGGUUGGACGAGUUCCUUCUCUCUCUUUCGCAGUCGCCCACCAGCUCCUUCAGGAAGCUCAGAAGAGGUGGGAGUUGGACCCUCGUCUGGGAUACUAUGUUCUGAAUCCCCGUGGCGACCUACCUGAUACCGAGAAACGUUUCCACGGAUGGUUUCAGAAGGAGCUGAGGUGGACGGGUGUGGUCGGCCACGCCCCUUCCUCCGCCCAGUUCUCGGAGGCACUUCAGAACCAUGAUGUCUUUGUCUACUGCGGUCAUGGAACUGGGCGAGAGUUUCUGUCGACCGACCACUUCCAGCUGCUCAGUUGCCAGGCAACCACACUGCUGAUGGGGUGUGGCUCUGGGAGAUUGGUUGUGGGUGGAGCUUGCGAUCCAGCCGGCAUGGCUCUCAACUACCUUCUGGCAGGAUGUCCCUCGUUAGUUGCCAUCCUGUGGGACGUGACAGACGGAGACAUCGACAGACUGUCCAAGAGCCUCCUGGAGCAGUGGCUGGAGGAAGGAGAGAGGGGGGAAGAGGAGGAGGAGGAGGAGGGAGAGAGGUUGCCUCUGUCCCUGGCUCUAGCACGAGCAAGGUCUGUCUGCAAGUUGGAGGGGUUGAACGGUUAUGCCGCCAUUCUCUAUGGAAACCCCAGCAUUGCUGUGACCUAAUAGAAACAAACAAUAUUUUUCAGUUUAUUUUAUCAUUAUUAUUGUG